AUGGCAAAAGAACCGAAGAACUCCAAGCCGAAAGGCGUACGAUACGCCCGAGUUUCUGUCCCUGAAAUACCAAAAUGGACUGUGAAAGCCAAUCACGAUCUUCCUGACGACUUGUACUAUGGCGGUGGGAAAGAAUUUUCUUUCCGUAAACCAGUAUGGUUAAACAAUGUGGGGCAUGGAGCUUGGGACGACGAGGAACCGGGCCCCAAUGAGAAAAACCUAACUACUUCAGAGGCAGGCCAGGGAGAGGCGCAUAAGUUCCUUGGAAUGAUGGCGAACCUCUUUAUGCACCGCUGGCCGCCAGUAUGGGAAUUAAUGUUUAUAGACUAUACUGGACGUGCCAGAAAGUUAGCUCUUCACCUUAUCGGCAUCAUGGAUUCUCCCGAUGGCACGCCUUUUCCAAGAAUGGAUAAAGGGUUUCUCAAUCUUGGCCCAGAUUUAGCUCUCAACGGAUGUGAGCUGGUCCUUCUUACGCAGGAGCAGAGGGAUACAUUCGGUCAGGUACUAGAGAAACUGUGCGUUCGACUGAGACAAUGGUUUCCCAAUAACAAAAAGGGACUGACUAGCAGCAGGGGCCUCAAAGCUAUACUGAAAACGGAUGUUGAGAAGACACGCCCUCCCCAGGCGAUGCACAUUUACUCGUGUAAGCUCUACGCUGAACGGUGUCUCCGUGAAAAAGUCAUAGCUGAAGUGGCAAGGACUGGAGAGUCUCCCAAUAAUAUUGCCGUUAUCUCUCAGAUGACAAAUGUGGAGUGGAAGAAGGAGGCACCAGAGGUCAGGGCUGAGACCAUGAGCAUACAGUCGGAGCAGAGGAAGCUGGUUGAGGCAGUGAAAGCUCAUCACUAUGACAAGAUUAAUUUUCCUCCUGGGCAGAAAAAACAGGCGAUCGAAUCAUUGGGAGGGAAAUUUAAGAAGAUGUUCAAACUGUUUCAGGCCAUAACGGGUUGGGGAUUCGUCAUCGUUGGUGCUGGAAUUGACCCCGGUAGUCCACAGCAUAGUUGA